ACGUGCGUUUUUAUCGGUCGAUCAGUUUGUUUGGUGUAAAACAGUUGCAAACGACUCGAGUGCUAGUCUAAGGAUUUGAGGUGUCUUCGUGCUGUCGCCACUCGGCGAAGGUUUUUUGUCUUUAGGUAAGCUUCAAUUUACACUGACAGUCAGCCCUGAGCUACACCGUGGCUCUCCAUGAAUAGGCGUCUGCGUGUCCGUUGCACAGCGCGUCUAUCGGCGCUGACCGGCGACUGCCGACCGGUCGGAGAUAGCCCGGCCGGUCCGGAAACUGUGCUCCUUCCGCCUGGAACUGCGAACAACGGACCUCUCCGUCAGUGGGUGGUGGCACGUGUUGGGGGUCGCUCGUUACAGCCAUGUCUCGUCUUGGUGUCAGUGUCACGUGUUUGUCAUGUGUUCUCCAUGUGGUGGUGUUCAGCAUUCUGCUAGCAGCGGCGGUGAGUCUGCACCCUCCCGAGUACCCGACAGGUCAGGGAACUCUCACAGCCGGGCCAACCACCGCGCCACCUCAGGCCGCCUGUCGUCUGCCCCGGGACCGCGGCCGUCGCUGUUCGGCCGGUCCCACACUCCGCUGGUACCUGGACGAAGAGCAGGCCGACUGUGUGUCGUUCUGGUACUCCGGAUGCGGAGGAAACUCCAACAACUUCCCCACGGAGCGCGCGUGCAGGGAGGUGUGUGUGGAACCGGACGGCCCAGCGGUCUGCCUCCUCCCGGCCGGCCGCGGGCCGUGCACCGACAGCCAGCUCCUGUGGACCUUCGACGCCGAGACGGGGCAGUGUGUGACGUUCGUCUACGGCGGCUGCUACGGCACGGCUAACCGCUUCUUCACGCGGCGUCAGUGCGAGCGGUCGUGUCUGACAGACCACGACUCAGCUGAUGGGGACAGCGCGGUGGACCCCGACUGUCUACAGCAGGCCGGAGUGAGCGGUCAGUGCGGUGCCGAGCUCGUGAGGUACACCUACCUGGCUGCCGCCGAUGUGUGCACGCCGUUCCUCUACGGUGGCUGUGCUGGUAACGGGAACAACUUUGACACACUGGAGGAUUGCAGAGAGAGAUGCGAGACCCUCACCGACGACCAAUCGAAUACCAAAGAGAACUCUACUGAGACUACUAUCAGCCAUGAAGUAACUCCAGCCAGCGUCAAUGUGGCUGCGGCGCCCCCGGGAGGCGCGGACAUCUGCUUCCUUCCCCGAGACUCCGGCUCUUGUCGCUCGUACGCUCCCAUGUUUUACUACGACGUCCGCACGGCGAGCUGUCAUCAGUUUAUCUACCGAGGCUGCGGCGGCAACGCUAAUCGAUUCCACACGAACGCGGAGUGUCGGCAGAGAUGUGUGGAUACAGGUGAUGGUACGGUGAGCGGCUCGGAAAGCAGUGGCAUGGAGAGCGUCGAUAAGCAAGUCAUAAUUGGACAAGCUCAGAUGAACAUCACAGGAGGCGAAUCAAGCACUGUCAGCAGCCAGGUGCAGGACGGCGGCGUGGAGAACGAGACUAACGAAACGAAACGAAACGAGACUUCAAGUGUUCCACCAACAACGAAUCCCUCUACUACACCUGCUUUGGUUUCAGGAAAGGGGAACCUAACCUCCCCAGCCAUCUCAAGAGCGCCCCAUCACCGUCGAAGCCGGCCGCUGCCCCUCCACAGACCCCCGGGUCGUCGGCGGCGUCCCCGCGGCCGGCGCGCCUGCCUGCUGCGUCCCCGACCCGGCCCCUGUCACCACUACCUACCUCAGUUUUACUACUACAACGCCGACCUGGCCGCCUGCUUCGCCUUCAUCUACGGCGGAUGUGGAGGCAACAGGAACCGGUUCGUCACCAAAGAGGCGUGUGAGAGCCACUGCCGGGGUGUGCGGAGGCUGGGGUCGCACGGAGAAAGAGUGCUCGAUGGUGGAGGGACGCGGGGAGAGAGGGACCGGGGCGGAACUCGGAGACCAUUGCCGGACAGGGGAGGUGGUAGAGGGACGCGGGAAGAGACAGACGAUCCUGGGAGGUCAGUAGCAGACAGCGGAGGAACGCAGGGAACGAGGUACGGACCUUGGAGACCAGUGCCGGACAGGGGAGGAAUUCCUCUUCGUGAAGGGACCCGGGAAGAGAAAGACGAUCUUCGGAGACCAGUAGCAGACAGAGGAGGGACGCGUGGAGAGACGGAUGGACGUCGGAGACCAGUGCCAGCCGAGGGAGGAGCGUGGGCUAAGAGAAACGGCCCGGCGACUGCUGCACCAGUGACGUGAUGCGAAACCUGGAGUAUGACCUGGAUGAGAUGUGAAAGGACCGGUCUGAAGGGGGAUGAGUGGAAAGUGCCUGCUGUCAGAAAGAAAGCCUUAGAACAGUGCGCUAGAGUGCUGAAGCGGUAACUAUAAUAAGAUGCGAAUUCAAACUCCUCUGUGGGUGAUUGAUGUAGUCAUGGCCUGAGAACAUUCGUGACCUCUAACCCGUUCAAAAGUGUAUCAAACCCCUUGUUAGAGAAACACAUUCGUUUCGGGAUGUGUGCCAAAUCGCGAUCAGGAGGUUGAAGUGCACGUGGGCUGUCCGUUUCAUACUCCACAGUGACGACACGUGUUUUGCAUACGGCCGUCGGGUCAGCGGAGACUGCUGGGCUGCCGUAGUUGCAUAUCGGUCUGUCAGGGAAAGUGUAUCGGUAAGAGGAGUGUGUGGUCUGUCCGGGACCAUGUUGGUUGGAUUAUGUUGGUUGAACGGCCGUAAUGGUGUGCUGUAUUAUUUGUACUUCAUGUUUAGUUCACGGAGAAUGGCAAACUAUCUUC